UGUUUUUGCAAGAGGGUGAAUCUGAAAUAUAGGACUGGCUCUCUCUAAAAAAAAAAAAACAACAAAAUUAUUAAUAAAAAAUAGAGCAAUAUCUCAAUCAUUUUUGUGCAUUUCAUUCUCAUCAUAUAAAUAAAAAAUAAAUUAAGUUAUUUAGAAAAAGGUAUGAAAACUUUAUUAUACGUAUUUUAAAGUAUUUUUUUCAACAAAAAAGAAAUCAGCAAACAUCAAAGUGGAUUGGGCCCUCGUUAUGAAAUUUUUGUUCGUAGGCCGGGCCCAACUUGAAUCAGAUAAAACUGAGAUUUGAAUUGGAAGCAGUGGUGCAAGUUUUAUUUGCGGGAGCGCGGGAGUUGGUUUUAGUAUUCUCUCAAAGCUGCAAUCAUGGAAUUUGCUUCUCUUCAAGAACUCUACCUACAUCUAAUUUCUUCGGCAAUACGGAGAUGCAUAUGUUCCGAACGACUUUGCAGACUCUCAGUUCUUCUGCAACGCUCUCCCGCUUCCGAUCCUCCACUUGUUUGUAUUUCUAUUUCAGAUACCGGCCUUGGAAGCUGCAUACAGGAGUUUCAAGAUUUGAAGUGCCCCGUUGAAGGUAUCCUUGCCGAAACGUGGGACGGAAUUGUUUAUGUGAAAACUACCGAGAUUACAGAUAUUCUUGACACCGAGAUAAGUUGCUAUCAGUUGAAUCUGAAAGAGAAUGUCACUACCAGGAAGCCAAUUUGGCUACCUUCAAAUAUUAAGCAUGGUGUGAAAUUCAGUGGAACCGAAGUGUGUUUGUCUGUUUCUGAAAGUGUUGAUGUUUUGCUGGCGGAGAUCAACUGCUUCUUUCAUCAGAUUCUCAUUCUAAACAUCCCAAAUAUUGCAAUGGAAGUUGUGGCCGACGGCCAGGAUAUCCCAGGGUCACGUAAUGAUGCUGUUUUCCUGGAAAACUUGUCCUCUAGUUCCUCUUUUACAGCCUCCACCCUUGAUCAUUUGAAAUUGGGCCUUGAGGAUUAUGUAUUAAGGCAUGGAUCUAGUUCGACGUGUGACUCUUGUUUCCCUAACAGGGAUGAUCUGAGGAGUGGUGGUGGAAUGGUUUGUGAAGAGAAGCAUAAAAUUACCAAACUGGUAGUGGAGGCAGCGGUUGUGAUUAGUGAAAUAUCAAAUCCGACCAAUAAUUGCUUUGGGGGAGGAUGCUCUGAUACAAAGGUUCUCUGUUUUAAAGAUUUUGUGCCUUGUUCGAUCACUGAGGCAUUUCUGAAGGCAUUAACAGGCAUCGACUGGAAACGUUAUGGAUUGACUUUGGAAUGUGCUAUCAAUCAAAGCAGCCAUGCACUAUUAAAGUGGGGAGACAUGCCCUUCUCUUUUCAUAUUCAUAUCGUUGUCCACUGCUAUCAUAAGAUUGUGGCGGAAGCCACGCCAAUGGUGCAGCAGACUCGGUAUGAUAAAAAACUCAUAAGAAAAGCAGUUCAACUUGCACUGGACGACUUCAAGAAUAAAUAUACGGGAUUUCUUCUCAGUGCCGAUACCCUCAAGAUCAGUAAGUUUGCCCCUGAUCUUGCCAAAGCGGUUGCUGGCCUGGUUUUAUACUCCAAUGACAUGGAUUUCAAAAACGAAUGCCUUUCAAUUCUUGGCUUGCAAACUCACCAGUCAGAAGGGGGAAUUGUUGAAGAAACCAUAAAGAAAAUGAUUAUUUCAGCGAUAGAGGGGAAUGAUCGAAGACCACAAAGACUUAAAGAAGUUGCCCCUCUUCUGUUUGAAGAUGGUAGGUUUGUGGACGAUGAAUGUUACAAAAAUGGUUUUGAUCCAAUGGAUUUGUAAGUAUAAACUUAGUAUUGAAUGGAAACGAAACUGAUAAUUUUGAGGGAUCUUUUGGUAAGAACUAAUUGUGGGCACUUCAAGCCAAGAUGAGAUAGAUACUUGUCAAAAGAAUGUGAAGUAAAACAAAUUUCAGAUGAGGAAGUGAGGGGGUUAAAGUUUGUAUUACAUCUCAUUAAACACACAUGAGCCCAGGUGAGUACACAAACGACCAUUACAAUAUGACCCCAUAUACUGCGAAAGAUCAAUCCCUAAAGAAAAGGCAUAACUAUUCCCCAAAAAACAAGAAAAAA